AUGGCUUCGUACGAGUACGGCUCGUACGGGCACGACUCGCUCGGGCACGACUGGUACGGGCACGAGGGAUACGGGAAUGAGAGAUACGGGAAUGAGAGAUCCGGGAAUGAGAGAUACAUCACCUCCGGGGCAGCUGACGCCGGCCGGGCCCCCCCUCCUUCUCCUCCACCAGUCAUUAUUGACAGAUACGGGAAUGAGAGUUCCGAGAAUGAGAGAUACAUCACCUCCGGGACAGCUGACGCCGGCCGGGCCCCCGCUCCUUCUCCUCCACCAGUCAUUAUUGACUUGACCACCACGGAAGAUCCGGUGCAUUGGACCCAAGAGCCUAAGAUCCCGUGCCUGCAUCCAAAGCUUGGGCUGCCGACUCUGGAGAGGUCAGGUCUAAGGCUUUAUUGGGAGAUCCUUGGCGAGGCGAAUCCGGAACGGAUGGACCCGCAUCCAUCCCUCCUACUUUCGCGGUUUGAACUGUCGCUGAUGAAGGCACCACGACUGGGGGAGCCGCCGAAGCCACCUCAGUCGCCUCAACCUGAACCGAGUGAGAAAGCCCGGGGGAAAGCCCGGGCGGAGACCCCGAAGCCGAAGCCGGCGGCACGCCUUAGACUUGUGGCUCAUUUCCCCGAAGACCACGUUGAGAACGCAAAGAACACUCUAUCAGAUGCGUAUCUCAACGCGCCGGACAGCCAAAGUACCCUGCCGGCCAGCCAAAGUAGCCCACCGAUCAGCCAAGAUAACCUGCCGGCCAGCCAAGAUAACUCCACCAGCCAAAGCAACUCGUCAGCCAGCCAGAACAACUUGCCCAUCAGCCAAGAGAACUCAUCAACCAGCCAAAGUAACUUGCCCAUCAGCCAGGAGAACUUGCCAACCACCCAAAGUAACUCAUCAACCAACAAAAAGAACCCGUCGACCAGCAGAAAGAGCUCAUCGACCAGCAGAAAGAACUUGCCAACCACCCCAAGUAACUUAUCAACCACCCAAAGUAACUUGCCGGCCAGUCAAAAGAACUCGUCGACAAGCCAAAAGAACUCAUCGACAAACCAAAAGAAGCUGCCGCCCAGCCAAAAGAGCUUGUCGACCAGCAGAAAGAACUUGCCAACCACCCCAAGUAACUUGCCGGCCAGUCAAAAGAAUUUGCCGCCCAGCCAGAGCAACCUGCCGGCUAGCCAAAAUAAAUUGCCGCCCAUCCAAACACCGGCGAAAAGACCCAGCGCGGCCCAAGGCGGCCCAAAACCGAAAAGGAAGUACAACAAGACCCAGUCCGGACCAGCUUCGGGGUCAAAGCCCGAGUCGCUGGUAUCCAAGGCGGCCCAUAACUCCAUCCGGCAGAGGCUGGCACGCGAGAAGGUGCCGCAGAUUGCCAGGGACUCGCCUUCACCGGAGCCGCAAGACACUACUUGA